AUGGGGAGCACUGGUGCCAUACCACGGGGUGAACUGGUGCCAUAGUAUGGGGAGCAUUAAUGCCACACUAUAGGGAGCCCCAGUGCCGCGCUAUAGGGCACACCGGUGCCGUGCUGCGCCGUGCUAUGGAGCUUCCCGGUGCCAGUGCAGUGGCGGAGCGGUGCCGGUGCGCGGCGGAUUCCUCCCCCUAGGGGUCGGUGUGCGCCGGAACGGCGGUGCGGGAGGCGGCAGCUCCUGCGCACGGCCCGGGGCGGCCGGGACACGGCGGGGAGCCGGGCAGCGGGGAACGGAACCGGCGAGGACCCGGGAUGAGCUGUGCCCACGUGUGACCCCGCCACCAUGCUGGUCAAGGAGUACCGCAUCUGCAUGCCACUCACCACCGAGGAGUACCGCGUGGGGCAGCUGUACACCAUCAGCAAGCACAGCCACCAGGAGAGUGAGAAGGGUGAGGGCGUGGAGGUGGUGCGGAACGAACCCCACGAGGACCCCGUGCACGGCCCUGGGCAGUUCACUGAGAAGCGUGUCCACCUCUCCAGCAAGCUGCCCAGCUGGGCACGGGCGGUGACUCCCCGCAUCUUCUACAUCACGGAGAAGGCCUGGAACUACUACCCCUACACCAUCACUGAGUACACGUGCUCCUUCCUGCCCAAGUUCUCCAUCUACAUUGAGACCAAGUACGAGGACAACUGCGGGGAUAGCGAGAACAUCUUCCACAGCGAUAAAAUCCUGGGUGACCACGAGGUCUCCUUCCUGGACAUCGCCUUUGAUGAGAUCCCCGAGCGCUACUACCGCAGCCUGGAGGACCCCCGGUUCUUCAGCUCAGCCAAGACGGGCCGGGGGCCGCUGCGGGAGGGCUGGCGCCAGCACACCAAACCCAUCAUGUGUUCCUACAAGCUGGUGACCGUCAAGUUCGAGGUGUGGGGGCUGCAGACGCGGGUGGAACAGUUUGUGCACAAGGUGAUCCGGGACAUCCUGCUGAUAGGGCACCGGCAAGCCUUCACCUGGGUGGACGAGUGGUGCGGCAUGACGAUGGAGGAGGUGCGGCGGUACGAGAGAGAGACGCAGGAGGCCACCAACGAGAUCAUCGGCCUGGUGGCCCCCACCAUUUCGGUCAGCGAGGUGGGGCAGCCCACAGCCACUCACUCGGCCCCCGCCAGUGCCCCCUCCACCCCUCUCGGCGACGACGCCCCCGACUUCCUCGCCCCCCCCAAAGCUCGGCCCCGCAAGAAGUCAGCGCCGGAGACCCUGACGCUGCCUGCGCUGCGGGAACGUGCCAGCGCAGAGUGAUGCCGCACCGCGCUGCUGCACCUUGCCACCUCCCCAGCCAGACUGUCCUCUGCUCCGUGCCAGCCCUGCCACCCGCCUCAUCCCCUCCGACAGCUGCUGACCCCAAAGGGGGGACCUGCCAUCAGGGCACGUGGGAGCCUUGUGGGGUUGUCGGUACCCCUGAGCCGCUGUGGGAGCCCAGGUGGGACACUGUCACCAUUGCCGUGCUGGACCUGCUGGCUGACUGGGAGGGGACACUUGCAGCAGCAUCAGGCCAUGGUGGCAUCCUGGCACCUGGUGCAGCCCCUUGAGCCUGAGUACUGCGGCGCUUGGGGAGUGAUGCUCGAGCAGCACCCUGCAAGGUAGGCACUGGGCACAGGAGGGUGGGCAUGGGAGCGACGGUGACAGCCCAGUGCCACCUCCUGGGGUUCCCUGUGGGAUGCCAGGGACAACCCCAGGCCCUGCAGCUGAGAGCUGUGUCAGUGCCAGGGGUGCCAGGGCAUGUUCAGACCUGUGUUUUCUUUGGGAAAACAUUGGCCUUUUCAGAAAUAAAGCUGGAGACAUGGUGA